AUGAUCAAAGUUUCAACAAGUAGCAAAAAGAAGGGUGCACAAAAACAUCAGAAUACUUAUGCUUUUCAUGCUAACAAAAAUUCAAAAAAGACAAAAUUAAUUAACUCUCUACCGAUAAAUGGAGUAUGUAAAAGAUGUAAAGAAAUUAUUGAAUGGCGUAAAAAGUUUAAAAAAUAUAAACGACUGACAACACCUAAACGUUGUGUUUGCUGUGAAGAGAAAACCAUUAAAGAAGCCUACCAUAUCUUGUGCAACAAAUGUGCUAAUGACAAGGGAGUUUGCGCAAAAUGCCAAGAGUCAGCGGCUAUUGUACAUAGCGAUAAAGAAUUAAUGCAAGAGCAACAAGAUUUAGAUUCUGCAUUAUCAUCAUUGCCAGAACGAAAGAAAAGAACAUAUUUACGUCAAUUGAAAAGUGGAAAUGCAGUGUCACUUAGUAAUCAGAACGAAGAAACAGAUGAUGACCACCUUGAUAGUGUUUCAGAUGAAGAAACAAGCGAUGAAGAGGAUUCGUAG